UUGCAGUCUUGGUUUGAGAGGAACUUGCUCCAGUGCUGCAUCGACUGCACCUUCUAGCCGCUAGAAUCUAGCGUGUGUGCGCAUGAACGCUCGCUCGUAAAUGGGCAGUGUUAGCUACGCUACUGACAGCCGUUCAGAUUGUGCUCGGACUAUUCACAAUCUGAAGAGUAAAUGGCCAAUCUGUCAUUUAAAGAGCGGCUGUCUUCUCUGUUAUUUCAGAAGGUGGGCGAGUCAUUGAGCAACUAAGAAGGCUAUUCCGCUUGGACGUGGGAGAGGAAAACAAUAUAGCAGGAAAGGAAUACGUAUGUUAGCUAGCUAAUGUUAGCUUGCCAGUGCAAUGCCAGUCCCAGAUGAUGUGAGGCAACUCAGAGUGUAGGCACCACCAUGACUGAAGUUCAGGCCACGGUGGAGUUCUCAGUGGAGCUCCACAAGUUUUACAAUGUGGACCUGUUCCAAAGAGGGUUCUACCAGAUUCGUGCCAGUCUGAAGAUUCCUCCUCGGGUGCCGCAUAAAAUUGAAGCCAGUCUUCUUCACCCAAGCGGCUCUGAUCUCGCAUUUCCCGCUUCAGUCCAAGAUGACGUCAUCUCCAGCAAAACCUUUCAGAUUCUGUACAAGAAUGAAGAGGUUGUCGUCAACGAUGUGCUCAUCUUUAAAGUCAUGUUGCUUCUGGAUGAGAAGAAGGUGGAGGAUUUCCUCUCUGAUUUGGAUUUCCAGCUCCUGUUAGAUUUGUAUUUCACUGAUGGUGAUUACACACCAGAUGAGCCAAGCUCAUUACAGAAUAUCAGCAGCCGCACACUCCGUUUGCACUUGAGCCUUCAGCGAGGCAUCCACCAGCACAUUAACGUCAUGUUUGACUACUUCCACCUUUCGGUCAUGUCCGUCGCUAUUCACGCCUCCCUUGUGGCGCUACAUCAACCACUUAUCAGUUUUCCUCGGCCAGUGAAGACAACAUGGCUUAAUCGCAAUGCCCCGGCACAGAGCAAGGACUCAGUUAUCCCGCCUCUAGAGAACGUGGUGUUUGGCAGCAGUUAUGUCAAGCAGGUGUCAGCAGAUGGCAGAUCAUUCCUGGUAUCCGACCACUGUGUGCAGCAUGCCCUCACCCUCCACCAUAACAUGUGCUCCAGUCUCUUACUUGCCUACCAGGGCCUGUUUGACUACUUCACCAAUGUCACUAAGGACCUGCCAUCUUCCCAUCGUAUGGAAUUAGCCAAGCCCAGCAUGCAAGUCCUAUAUGAGCGAGUACUAAGAAGACCCUAUCCCCGAAGUCAAAGGCACGUCUACAUAGAAAAACAUGACUUGGAGGCCCGUCUCACUGAGUUAUGUGAACAAGUGAAGCAAAAAGCCGAGUCCCCUGAUGAGUUGGCAGAACUGGUUAACAUGAAUCUUGCCCAACUCUGCUCUCUGUUAAUGGCUCUCUGGGGACAGUUUCUCGAGAUUGUCUCCCUGCAGGAGCAAGUUGCUGCUCUUCUCGCUGUGGAGCACCACGCAUUAAGAGUGAGGAGAUUUGCAGAGGCUUUCUUCUGUCUCGAACAUCCAAGACAGUCUGCUUUGGCCUAUCAGGAGCUAUAUGCCCACAGUCACCAGCAGAUGACUAAUGCCAUCAAAAGUUCCAGCUACUUUCUUGCUCUGCCUCCACUUCCGGUGGAAUGUGCAGAUUUGGACGGCGACAUUAGCUCUCUUCCGAUCAUUUUUGAGGAUCGCUACCUAGAUAGUAUCACUGAAGAUCGCGACGGACCCUGGAUGGGCAUGCACAACACACGGUCAACGUCAGUGCCAAGUAAAUCAGAUAAAUCUAGUUCUAAAGACUGUGCUGCAGUGGCCAGUCUUCUACCAUCCGAUUCUCAAUGCACUUCUGCAACUAAAACCUGGUCUGACAGCUUUGAGCCACCUCCAAAGUCCAAAGGAAAAUCUGUCAAACUGAAGAAGAAUUCAAAGAUUGAGAAUCCAAAGAAGCUAAUUAGACAUGGCUCCAAGGACUCGGUGAUUCUGGUGGGUUAUAAGAAUCUCAAAGCUCCUUUUGCUGACCCUAACACCAAGCAUAAGGAAGGGGGUGCUCCCCUGAACUCAGCGGAGGACCAAGAUGCCUUGCAAGUGGACUCGAUUAGUUGUUUAAGGACUAAUGAUGAUUCCGUCUCUGACCCCGGUGCCUCGUUGUCACAUUUUGUUAAGACUGUGGUUGAGUCCGUCUCUGAUGACAGUAGAACUUAUACUGCUGCUUGUCAUCAGACAGACACUGGAACUGGCGCUAUGUGCCAACAACCUCCUAACAAAGACGACCAAGUCGAUCGUAGUAACCAAAAGCAGCUGCAGUGGUCUGCUGGACCUAAGCAAAUUGAUGUUAAACCAAGUCUCAAAAAUGAGGGUGGAAAAGUUACAGUUAUUACGCCGUGUCGGACUGAUGGUGCUAAUAACAGCAAUAUUCCAGAGAUUACCCAGACAGAAUGUUACUCUAGCCAGUCUGUGGUGAAGACAACACAACAUUGCCAGCAUCCCUGUCUGGUCUCGGUACAAGUAAAGAGUGAUUGUAUCAGGCUGCCCGAUGGAGCAGCCCUGAGUGCCUCUUCCCGCCUCUCAGACUCCGGCAUUGAGAGUGAGCCCAGCUCUUUUGCAGCUCAUCUUGUUUCAGGGUCUCAGGGACUCUGUGUGGUUGACUCAACAAUGGCUGGCCCCCAGCCAGAGAAGACGACAGUGAGUUCUGCUCUCAGGCCUGCACAGCCAAGCGAAGUGCAACAGUGCUCUGAGGCAGCAGAGUCUCUUCAGCCAGAAGAUAGCCGUGCUGCCAGAGGGGUUCAGUCAUCGCUCACUUCUAUCAAUUCCUUGCCUUCAGACGAUGAAGGUGAAUAUUCAAGUGGAGCUGAUGUAUUUUGCAGAAGGUCUAGUAUUGUGGUACAGGAGCAGAGUGUUGUGUUUUCUGGGGAGCACACAAACAAACCCGCCGUUGAUGCGGCCUGUCCCUCAGAUUCCGCAACAGUAGAUUCCCAGCUACUAAAAUCUACCUGUGAUUUUGAAAUAGACCCCAACCUUAUUGGGAGUCCUGAGGGCAGACUGGAGGAGGAAUCUGGUCUCGAGGCCUUCAAAGAGUCUCGGAGUGAACCCCAAACUGCAUGCCACUCAAGUAACUCCGCCACUAGUAGCACUGACCUGGUAAAACGUGGCAUGGUAGAGAAUUAUUUUGGCUCAACUUCCAGCACAGAUGUAUCUGAGAUAAGCCCUAUAGAAACCUCCGCUAUCACUCUGGGAAUCCAAACAGGUCCUCAAGUUGAGGAGGAUGAAGAUGAAGGUGAGCACGAAAUGAUCGAGAAUGGCUACUACGAGGAAGGAGAUGCCUAUGCCUUUGUCAAUGGGGUUGCCGAUGAGGAGCAAACUGGUGCUGCUAGCGCAGCUGCUCAGGACACGCAAGUUCUGUUCGAACAGCUCGUCAUCGGCCACACCCACGAAAAGCAGGAUUCUUCAAAAGCUCCUGACUGCUCCAACGUCGCCUCUGGUAGUACUGGGCAGAGGACACGGAGACAUCAUCCUUCUUUCUCCAUGUCUUGUAAUCUCAAGUGGUAUGAAUGUGUACCUGCACCGCAGAUGAAGGAAUUCAUCAAGGCCAAGGAAGAAAUGAAGCAAUUGAAGCUUCCGGGCAUCUUGUACAGCGAAGUUCCAGAGCUGGCGUCCACAGUACCCUACUUCAGCUUGGAGGAAGAGGAAAGCUGCGACGAGGGCAUUCAUCUUAUUGUUUGCGUGCAUGGCCUGGACGGCAAUAGUGCAGACCUGCGACUAGUGAAGACUUAUCUGGAGCUCGGGCUCCCCGGUGCUCGUAUAGACUUCCUUAUGUCCGAGAGAAACCAGAAUGACACCUUCGCAGACUUUGAGUCAAUGACAGACAGGCUGUUGGAUGAAAUAAUUCAGUAUAUUCAGCUUUACAACCUUACUCUUUCAAAAAUAAGUUUUGUUGGUCACUCGCUGGGGAAUUUAAUAGUUCGCUCUGUACUGACCAGGCCCAGGUUCAAAUGUUACCUGAGUAGGUUACACACCUUCCUUUCACUUUCUGGUCCUCAUUUGGGCACACUGUACAACAGUUCAGCAUUGGUCAACACUGGGCUUUGGUUCAUGCAGAAGUGGAAGAAGUCUGGGUCAUUGCUGCAGCUGACUUGCCGUGACCAUUCAGAUCCUCGACAGACUUUUCUCUAUAAGCUCAGCAAGAAAUCUGGUCUUCAGUUCUUCAAGAAUGUGGUUCUGGUGGGUUCACUGCAGGAUCGCUACGUUCCCUAUCAUUCUGCUCGGAUAGAGAUGUGCAAAACGGCAUUAAAAGAUAAACAAACCGGUCCCGUGUAUGCUGAGAUGAUUGAAAAUCUGCUGCUGCCAGUACUUCAGAACAAAGACUGCAACCUCGUCCGAUACGAUGUCAUCCACGCGCUUCCCAACACAGCCAAUUCUCUCAUCGGUCGGGCUGCCCACAUCGCUGUUCUCGAUUCAGAGAUCUUCCUGGAGAAAUUCUUCCUCGUUGCCGCUCUCAAGUUCUUUCAGUAGAACUGCAUGAGGGAAAAGAAAAUGUGGAGCUAAUACCUCACUUCAUUUGAAUUUUACUCCAGUAACCAUUGUUGGACUACUUAUAUAUACUUUUUAAUGAACCAAGUCAUGCAUCCUAAUUAUUUUCUCUCUCUCUCUGUUCACAGUAAUAAUGGAGGUGGGUUUUAUUUUUCUACUGCCAAUCGUGUUUGCAACAUUUCUGCCAAGUUUUCAUUCUUCUUUUCAUUGUUAUUUAUGUAUGUUCCUAUACAACUGUAUAUUUGAUUCAUUUUAGCUGUUGAAAUGAAACUAGAGCUGCUACAUUGUUAAAAUGGAAAGUCUGCACAGAGUCACCAUUUGAAAACCAGUUUUUAGAGACCUUGCAUUCAUUUGCACCACAACUACAUUUUACAAGCUUUUGUACAGAUAAGUCAUUUGUACAGGUUGCUUUUGUAUUGACUGUUUUCCAUCCUUUUUUAAAAGAAAUGUUUGGAUUUGAAACAACAAUGUUAUGCUCAGACUUCGAAGCUUUUCAUUUGUUUUUAAUUCUUUAUGCAGCAUUGUGCACAUUUGCCAACACGGUGUUGGAGAAAAUAGAACUGAAGCAUAACAUUUUCUCACAGGGAGCUUAAGCAAUGCCCAUUGUUGAACAAAAGCACAUUUGAUUUAUGUCACCUGUUUAUUGAGAACGUAUUGCCAGUGUUUGGUUGGUGACAUUGGGUGAUUGUGUCAACUGGAAAGCAUUGUUUGGACUAAAACGUGUUUUCUUGGUAAAUGUUUAUAUUAUUGUACCUUUAAAAUUGACUCUAUAAAACUUAAUUUCUGAUUUAACAUUA